AUUUUCUAGUAAUAUACGGGCACAAUAAAUCGAACGCACGCCUUCAUCUUCCCAUGUUGACUGCUGGGUGGAUCGUUAUUUAUCUUACAUAGAACCAUAUGUAUAUAUGUUCCUUGGAUCAUAUCUCUGUUACCACCUUUCACAAGCUUCUAUUCAGUUAUAGGAAUUGGUUUGGUUGGUUACUAUCAUAGCAGUUAGAGGGGUUUGAGGAGGUUUAGAGAAGAAAGCAAAGAUGCAGAUAUUCGUGAAGACCCUGACAGGAAAAACAAUUACCCUUGAGGUCGAGAGCAGUGAUACCAUCGACAAUGUCAAGACAAAAAUUCAAGACAAGGAGGGUAUUCCACCAGAUCAGCAGCGGUUGAUAUUUGCUGGGAAACAGCUGGAAGAUGGACGAACGCUUGCAGAUUAUAAUAUCCAGAAGGAAUCGACCCUGCAUUUGGUGCUGAGGUUAAGGGGAGGCAUUUCCAUUAAGGUGAAAACCCUUACUGGAAAAGAGGUAGAGAUUGAUAUCGAACCCACUGAUACCAUCGAGCGGAUCAAACAGCGGGUCGAGGAAAAGGAAGGAAUACCACCUGUACAGCAAAGGCUCAUCUACGGGGGAAAACAAAUGAAUGAUGAGAAAACAGCCAAAGAAUAUGGUGUUGAGGGUGGUUCUGUUCUCCAUCUUGUGCUGGCAUUGCGUGGUGGCUGGUAAUAAAUUUGUUUAGAACUAAGCACCAGUGAUAGUUGUCAUUCUUAUGUAUGCAGCUGUCAUGAUGUUAUGGCACUGUUUGUCUACCUGUUAUUUGUUGGAAGGGAGCAAAAAUAUGAAUAAAGCAUUUAGGCCAUUUUGCUCCAUGAUUUUUUCUUGUUAACAAUCUUAUAUCGACAUAUUUUCCAUCCCGAUGUUUGAUUUCCAUAUCUGCUUGGCAAUCAGAAAAUUAAUGGAUAUGAAUACAUACAUUCAUUUUGUUCA